CGGGUGAAAUGGCAGCAGUGGAGCCGGCGGCGGCCGCGGUCCCGGGGGGCGGCUGAGGGGGCCGGGCCGGGGCUGCGGGGCGAGCGGCGCGACGGGGAUCCGGAGGCGCGGCCCGGGACGGCGAGGCUCGGCACGGCGAUGGCGGCGUGCUCCGCGCAGACAGAACUGUGACCCGGCCCCAGCUCACGGCUGACAAAGCUGCCUGCCAUGGCCAGCCCCACCCUGAGCCCCGACUCCUCCUCCCAGGAGGCCCUGUCGGCCCCCACCUGCUCCCCCACCUCGGACUCGGAGAACCUCAGCCCCGAUGAGCUCGAGCUGCUGGCCAAGCUGGAGGAGCAGAAUCGGCUCCUGGAGGCCGAUUCCAAGUCCAUGCGCUCCAUGAACGGCUCCCGGCGGAACAGCGGCUCGUCGCUCGUGUCCAGCUCCUCGGCCUCCUCCAACCUGAGCCACCUGGAGGAGGACACGUGGAUCCUGUGGGGCCGGAUCGCCAACGAGUGGGAGGAGUGGCGGCGGCGGAAGGAGAAGCUGCUCAAGGAACUGAUCCGCAAAGGCAUCCCACACCACUUCCGAGCCAUCGUGUGGCAGCUCCUGUGCAGUGCCACCGACAUGCCGGUCAAGAACCAGUACUCGGAGCUGCUGAAGAUGUCCUCACCCUGCGAGAAGCUCAUCCGCCGCGACAUCGCCCGCACCUACCCCGAGCACGACUUCUUCAAGGGCCAGGACAGCCUGGGCCAGGAGGUCCUGUUCAACGUCAUGAAGGCCUACUCGCUGGUGGACCGAGAAGUGGGUUACUGCCAGGGCAGCGCCUUCAUCGUGGGCCUUCUGCUUAUGCAGAUGCCCGAGGAGGAGGCCUUCUGUGUCUUCGUGCGGCUGAUGCAGGAAUACCGCCUGCGGGAGCUCUUCAAACCCAGCAUGGCCGAGCUGGGGCUCUGCAUCUACCAGUUUGAGUACAUGCUGCAGGAACAACUUCCAGACCUGAACACCCACUUCCGCUCCCAGAGCUUCCACACGUCCAUGUACGCCUCAUCUUGGUUCCUCACCCUCUUCCUCACCACCUUCCCUCUGCCCGUGGCCACCCGCGUCUUCGAUAUCUUCAUGUAUGAGGGCCUGGAGAUCGUGUUCCGGGUGGGCCUCGCCUUGCUGCAGGUGAACCAGACGGAGCUGAUGCAGCUGGACAUGGAGGGCAUGUCCCAGUACUUCCAGAGGGUCAUCCCUCACCAGUUCGACAGCUGCCCGGACAAGCUGAUCCUCAAAGCUUACCAGGUCAAGUACAACCCGAAGAAAAUGAAGAGGCUGGAGAAGGAGUAUGCAGCUAUGAAAAGCAAGGAAAUGGAGGAGCAGAUCGAGAUCAAAAGGCUGCGCACGGAGAACCGACUGCUGAAACAGCGAAUCGAGACCCUGGAGAAGGAGAGCGCGGCCCUGGCUGAUAGGUUGAUCCAGGGGCAAGUGACGCGGGCGCAGGAAGCCGAGGAGAACUACGUCAUCAAGCGGGAGCUGGCGGUGGUGCGACAGCAGUGCAGUUCGGCCACCGAGGACCUGCAGAAGGCGCAGAGCACCAUCCGGCAGCUGCAGGAGCAGCAGGAGAACCCGCGGCUCACGGAGGACUUUGUGACCCAUCUGGAGACUGAGCUGGAGCAGUCACGGCUGCGAGAGGCCGAGACGCUGGGCGCCCUGCGCGAGCUGCAGGACAAGGUGCUGGACAUGGAGAAGAGGAACAGCGCGCUGCCCGAUGAGAACAACGUGGCGCAGCUGCAGGAAGAACUGAAGGCCCUCAAGGUGCGGGAGGGCGAGGCGGUGGCUUCCGCGCGGGAGCUGAAACGCCAGCUGCAGGAGCUCUCCGACACCUGGCAGGCGCACCUGUCCCGCGGCGGCCGCUGGAAGGAGUCCCCGCGGAAGCUCGUGGUGGGCGAGCUGCAGGACGAGCUGAUGAGCGUGCGUCUGCGCGAGGCCCAGGCCCUGGCCGACGGCCGCGAGCUGCGGCAGCGCGUGGUGGAGCUCGAGACGCAGGACAACAUCCACCGCAACCUGCUCAACCGCGUGGAAGCGGAGCGCGCGGCGCUGCAGGAGAAGUUGCAGUACCUGGCGGCGCAGAACAAGGGCCUGCAGACGCAGCUCAGCGAGAGCCGCCGCAAGCAGGCCGAGGCCGAGUGCAAGAGCAAAGAGGAGGUGAUGGCCGUACGGCUGCGGGAGGCGGACAGCAUGGCGGCGGUGGCCGAGAUGCGUCAGCGCAUCGCGGAGCUGGAGAUCCAGAGGGAGGAGGGCCGCAUCCAGGGCCAGCUGAACCACUCGGACUCGUCGCAGUACAUCCGCGAGCUCAAGGACCAGAUCGAGGAGCUGAAGGCCGAGGUGCGGCUGCUGAAGGGCCCGCCGACCUUCGAGGACCCGCUGGCCUUCGACGGGCUGGGCCUGGCGCGCCACCUGGACGAGGACUCGUUGCCGUCGUCGGACGAGGAGCUGCUGGGCGUGGGCGCGGCGCUGCAGGGCGCCCUGUACCCGCUGUCCCCCCGCGACGCUCGCUUCUUCCGCCGCCUCGAGCGGCCGCCCAAGGACAGCGAGGGCAGCUCGGACAGCGACGCCGACGAGCUGGCCGCGCCCUACAGCCAGGGCCUGGACAACUGAGGCCGUGCCCGGAGGAGCCAGGGCCGGGGGCGCCGCGGGGCUCGGCGCGUACCCCACUUCUGGAACUCCCCGCCCACACCCCGCCCCCAGCGCAGCUGGACGCCUAGGGGAGGGCCGGGCUGGGCCUGCCUGCCUGCCUGCAGUGUUUACCUGUCCUGGACCGGGCCUGGACCACUGGCCCAGGGGGACAACAAGGAGGACAGGAAGCUAGCCAAGACCGGGGGGUCAGCGGCCUGCCCCGCGCAGUUCUUCCGGACAAGUGUGCCCUGCUGGGAAGGGUCAGGGCUGGAGGAGGCCCGAGAACGGAAGGGUCCAUCGGGCCCGGCCUCUGGCAGCCGCAGCUGCUGCUGGGGUGGGGGGGGGACAGCCUGGUGUGGGCAGCAUGGCCCCUGCCAUCAAAACCAAAGUCCUCACAUCUGUGCAGCAUCAGCUGAGGGGACUCCAGGCUCUGCCCUGGGGGCUGAGGGCAGAACGGCUGCCAGGAAGUGGACAUUCUUCCUCCCCACCUUUCCUCCUGUGUGACACUCCCAUUUUGCCGCCUUGGCAGUGAUGAGGGGUUCAAGCCUCCUGGGGGGGGAACCCAGGGGGGUGUUGUCCCCCAGCCUCCACUUUCCUUCUUUACUGUGGCCCCAGCCCCCUAAUGGGGGGCCGUGGUCUCUGCCUAGUGACAAGUGAGACCAGUGCCAAAGUCCAACAGUGUCCCCCCCUUACCCCCCCGAGGGCCUCAACCACCCUCGCGGUGGAGUCUCUCGGUGCUCCCAGAACCCCCAAAAGCAGCAGCAGUAGCGUCACAUGCAAUCUCCCCGGCGCUUCCUGGGGUGGGGAUCCACGCUCUGAUACACACUCCCACUUCCUGGUUGUCCCCUCCUCAGUGUUACAGAGACCGGGGACCAGGGUGGGUGACGGCGGGGCGCGCCCACACUGCCCAUCACCAUUUUUUGCACACUGCCUGUUCACUCCCCACACGUCGCCCAGGCGGGAAGAACGGAAAAAUAAAAUGUAUUGACACUGUC